UAUUUCCACAUCCACAGACUACAAGCAUACCCUCAGCAAUUCCGACUCCGACAAUUCCAGAAAAUCGCCGCGUGGUCGGUCCAUCCGGGUCGACUUGACUUCCCUCUGCAACCUCGGAACCCAGCCAAUCCGCUGAUCUCAACUGCCGGGCACUCCGAUCCGGCAACGAUGGAGGGGAGCGCCGACUCCUUCGGGUCCUUGACGGCGCCGCUUGCCUGGCACGACUUCCUCGAGCGCAUGCGCCAGCCUUCCGCCGCCGAGUUCGUCAAGUCCAUUAAAAGCUUUAUUGUGACAUUCUCAAACAGAGCUCCUGAUCCAGAGAAGGAUAGUACUGCUAUCCAGGAGUUCCUGGAAAACAUGGAAGGGGCUUUCAGAGCCCACACCCCUUGGGCUGGCAGUUCAGAGGAAGAACUAGAGAGUGCUGGUGAGGGACUUGAGAAAUAUGUUAUGACAAAGCUGUUUAAUCGGGUAUUCGCAUCAGUCCCAGAAGAUGUGAAGAGUGAUGAAGAACUUUUUGAGAAAAUGUCUUUGCUACAGCAAUUUGUAAGGCCUGAAAACUUGGAUAUAAAACCAGAGUACCAGAAUGAAACAUCCUGGCUGCUCGCACAGAAGGAGCUGCAGAAAAUAAACAUGUAUAAAGCUCCAAGGGAUAAGCUUGCCUGCAUUCUGAACUGCUGUAAAGUUAUAAAUAAUUUACUUCUAAAUGCUUCCAUUGUGUCCAAUGAAACCCCCCCUGGAGCUGACGAAUUCCUUCCAGUCCUUAUCUACGUCACCAUAAAGCUCCACUCAAAUCUGUUGUACAUACAAAGAUAUAGACGGCAAACAAGAUUGGUGUCAGAGGCUCAAUACUUUUUUACAAACAUAUUGUCUGCUGAGUCUUUCAUAUGGAACAUUGAUGGGGAAUCAUUAUCGAUGAAUGAAUUGGAUUUUCAAAGGAGAAUGGAUUCAGCAAGGGAACGCAUGUUGGGGUUAUCAGCUGACUCAGAAUACCAGGAUAAUCAAGCCAAUCCUGAUGUCCAAGAUCGUACGUCACAAAGUCUUGGAGCUAACAGAAAUUCUGAUGCCAGUUUAUCUUUGAAAGACCACGUCCAAGGUUCAGGGCAGGAUAUGAGAAGGGACAGUGAUGUGACUGUGAGUGGUAAACAAGCUGAGCAGGUGCAAUCUAUUUCUGAAUUAGAGAAGAAAGGAACUGCGGAGCUCCUCAAUGAGGAUGACUUGAACAAAAAAUUCCAGGAGUACCCGUUUCUGUUUGCCCGUGCUGGUGAUCUGACUAUUGCUGAUGUAGAGAGCCUAUUGAAUUCGUACAAGCAUCUAGUACUUCGGUAUGUAGCACUUGCACAAGGUAUGGGUGUCAGUCCUGAAACCACUCUUACUCAGAACGGGCAGACAUCUGAUCUUGUAGUAUCUGAGGAGCCAGAAAUUUUGAAUAGCGUGGUAAAGGACAACGAGAACAGUGCAAUAAUUAACAAAAAUGUUGAUGAUGUUAUAAGCUUAAACCAUCAUUCAGAAGCAGUUGACACAGAAGCAUCUGAACAAAUGAACCAGAGAACUGCUGUUGAUUCCAGUGAUGAUCUGGAGGCAUUGGGUCGGCCUGAGAAUGCAUGACCUGCUGGUUAAGCCAAGAUGAAAUGGCCAUACAUGGCAGAAGUACUCUGAAGUUUGUUCUUAUACCUAUAGACGACAAUGAUCACAAAACAGAGUGCACAUUUCCCUGAGUGAUAUGCAGCAGCUCCUCGAACCACAAUUUUGUAUGCUGGAGGCUUGAGCGUCAACAUAGUGGAAAUUAAUCUACUCUGCCGAAGCUGUUCUUAGAUCCAAAUGUUCAUUGCAUUGAAGUUCCUGGACUCUUGGCUCUGUUGUAGGUCCAAUUUGUGGUGAACACACCCUUUCAUGUUUUUAUGUAACUAUAAUUUCCGUAAGUGAAGAUUAGUUCAUAUAAAAAAUUAUAUUCAGAGCAAAGAGUGAAAAUGCCAUGAGCGUAUGGUGCCAUAGAAAAACCUGUUGCUUCAGGUUUCGGCAGUCGCUGGCCUUCGAGAGAGAAUUUAUCACCUGUACAAACGUGAAUUGUAAGCCAGUUUUUUUACUUUAUCCAAGCCAAACUCUUUUUUACUA